AUGGCGAUUCCCGUGAAGCUGCUCGGCGGCAGCAGGCUGGUCCUGCUGUCCUUUAUUCUGGGGCUGUUGUUGGAAGCCCGGGCCGGGAAGAUCCGCUACUCGGUGCCAGAAGAGACAGAUGAAGGUUUCUUCGUGGGCAACAUCGCCAAAGACCUGGGGCUACAACCCCAGGAGCUGGAUGAGCGGAGAGUCCGCAUCGUCUCCAGAGGUAGGACGCAGCUCUUUGCUCUGAAUGCGCGAAGCGGCGGCUUGGUCACUGUGGGCAGGAUAGACCGGGAGGAGCUCUGCGCUCAGAGCGCGCGGUGUCUGGUGAGUUUUAACAUCUUGGUAGAGGAUAAAAUGAAGCUUUUCCCUGUUGAAGUGGAAAUAAUUGAUAUUAAUGACAACACUCCCCAAUUCCAGUUGGAGGAAUUAGAAUUUAAAAUGAACGAAAUAACCACUCCAGGCACCAGGAUCCCUCUGCCUUUUGGGCAAGACCUUGAUGUGGGUAUGAAUUCACUCCAGAGCUACCAGCUCAGCUCCAAUCCUUAUUUCUUUCUGGAUGUGCAACAGGGAGCUAAUGGGUCCCAACACCCAGAGAUGGUGCUACAGAGACCCCUGGAUAGGGAAGAAGAAGCUGUCCACCACCUCCUCCUGACUGCCUCUGAUGGGGGCAACCCAGUUCGUUCAGGAACUCUCCGAAUUUGCAUUCAGGUGGUGGAUGCAAAUGACAACCCUCCGGUGUUUACUCAAGAACAGUACCACGUGAGUGUCCCAGAGAAUGUGCCGCUGGGCACUCGACUGCUCAUAGUAAAAGCCGCCGACCCACAUGAAGGAGUCAAUGGGGAAGUAACGUACUACUUUCAUAAUAUAGACCACAAAGUGGCCCAGAUAUUUCAGUUGGAUUCUUACACAGGAGAAAUAUCAAAUAAAGAACCCCUGGAUUUUGAAGAAUACAAAAUGUAUCCAAUGGAAAUUCAAGCUCAGGAUGGUGCAGGCCUCAUGGCCAGAGCUAAGGUGGUGGUCAAAGUUCUGGAUAUAAAUGAUAAUGCCCCAGAGCUGAUCAUCACCUCUGUCACUACUGCAGUCCCAUAAAACUUUCCUCCUGGGGCCAUAAUUGCUGUUAUCAGCGUGCAAGACCAGGACUCUGGAGACAACGGUCGCACUAUAUGUUCCAUUCCUGAAAAUCUACCCUUUAAAUUAGAAAAGUUAGUUGAUAAUUAUUACCGUUUAGUGACAGAAAGAACACUGGACAGAGAACUUACCUCCAGGUACAACAUCACAGUAACAGCAACAGAUCAGGGAACUCCAACUCUAUCUACUGAAACGCACAUUUCAUUGCAAGUGACAGAUAUCAACGACAACCCCCCAGCCUUCCCCCAGGAUUCCUACUCCGCCUUCAUUCCGGAAAACAACCCCAGAGGAGCCUCUGUCUUUUCCGUGACAGCCCACGAUGCCGACAGCAAUGAGAAUGCACGAGUCACUUACUCCCUGGCCGAGGACACCAUCCAGGAGGCGCCUUUAUCCUCCUACAUCUCCAGCAACUCAGACACAGGCGUCCUGUAUGCGCUGCGAUCCUUCGACUACGAGCAGUUCCGGGAACUGCAGCUGAGGGUGAUGGCAUGUGACAGUGGGGACCUGCCACUUAGCAGCAAUGUAUCAUUGAGUGUAUUUGUGCUGGAGCAGAAUGACAACGCACCCGAGAUCCUGUACCCCACCCUCCCUACCGAUGGCUCCACAGGUGUGGAACUGGCACCCCGCUCUGCAGAGCCUGGCUACCUGGUGACCAAGGUGGUGGCAGUGGACAGAGACUCGGGCCAGAACGCCUGGCUGUCCUACUGCCUGCUCAAGGCCAGCGAGCCAGGGCUCUUCACGGUGGGGCUGCACACGGGUGAGGCGUGCACAGCGCGGGUGCUGCUGGACAGAGACACGCUCAAACAGAGCCUGGUGGUGGCCGUCCAGGACCAUGGCCAGCCCCCUCUCUCAACCACCGUCAUGCUCACAGUGGCUGUGGCUGACAGCAUCCCAGAUGUCCUGGCAGACCUGGGCAGCCUCGAACCCUCUGCCAACCCUAACGACUCCAGCCUCACUCUCUACUUACUGGUCGCUGUGACCGCGGUCUCCUGCAUCUUCCUCGCCUUUGUGAUCCUGCUGCUGGCGCUCAGACUGCGGCGCUGGCACAUGUCAUGCCUGCACCAGGCUUCGGGAGGUGUAUUGGCUGGCAUGCCUGCCUCACACUUUGUGGGCGUGGACAGGGUGCAGGCUUUCCUACAGACCUAUUCCCACGAGGUCUCCCUCACCGCAGACUCGAGAAAGAGUCACCUGAUCUUCCCCCAGCCCAACUAUGCAGACACGCUCAUCAGCCGGGAGAGCUGUGAGAAAAAGGAUUUUCUAUCAGCACCUCAGUCUUUACUUGAAGACAAAAAAAAAAAACAUUUUCUCAGGUAAACUUUUUGUAGUAAAUCUAUCUGGGUAAAAGUAAUUCCUGAGUUUGCUUACUUACUUUCCCUCUUUACUACUAACAGUUCUUAUAUUUACCAUAUAUCUAUGUAGAUUUCUAUUUACAAAUCCUGGGAAAUCAUUAUUAAGUGUUUAUAUCCAGCUAUAUUUAUAAUGGUUCUUUCAUUGAAAAGGAGACUGUAAUUAAUCAUAAUGUAGGUGGCUGGGAUGAAGAAUGUGUGUGAGGUGCCAUCUCGGUUGUGGAAAGAGCACUGCAUCAGAAACAAGGAGGUCUGGCUUCUAACAUUUUCUUGCUUGCCUCUGGCUGAAUAAUUUUAUUUUGCUGGGUUUACCAUUUCUUAUCCGGCAAGGACAGGGUUUGACUAGAAAAGGUCCACCAAUAUUUAUGUGACUAAUACUGUUUUAAAAUUUCCUUAAGUUAUAAAUACCUCCUAAUUUAUCCCUAAAUUUAAUGUAGAUGCCAUCUGUCAGGGUGCUAUUGAGGGAUAUUUGAAAAGGUAAAGAUUGUCUAAGGUAGUAUUUUUCGUUGUGAUAAUAUAAAAAUAUGGAAAUCUUUGUAAGCUGCAAAUUUCAAUUAUUGUUAAAUAUCUUAGCCCUUUAUUUUGAGAUAUUUUAUGUGUGCUGAAGAACAUCAAAUGUUUAAGUAACAUAUGAAAUGAAGUAAUAAAAUGAAUGACAUAAAAUUUACUAUGCAACUUGAGAAAUAGUUUUGAAGCCUCUUGACUUCUAUAUUAUGUCUGUAAUGGAAAUGACUAACAAAAAUCAAGUAUAUGUUCCAUUUUAAUGUGCAUCUUAACUCUUCACAAGAAAUGCAUCAUAGGGGAGUAAGCCCAUGCUUUUAAAUAGUUACUCUGCUCCAAUAAAUUAAAGAGAUAAAUAAAAUAUAAAAAGAGGAAAGCAAAAGCAUAAUAAGCCACAAAUAAAAGAUAAAUAUAUAAAUGGAACAAGGAUGGAACAGAAAGUGGUGAGCCAGGCUAAAGCUGUGGAGUUCUAGUCUUGGCUAGAUGCAGGCAUUGAAGGUCAGGAGAGUGUUCCAGCAGUGUAAUUGGAACAAAGUGCUUCAAGCUAAACAAGGGACCUGAGCCAGGCUUACUACUUGAAUCCAAAGUAAGCAAUUAGGCCCCUCAGCUAGUUAAAAGGGGAAAUCGCAUAAAAAUGCUGCCUACCAAUUCCUACGGUCAUAACUUGUUGCAAGCUGCAGACCAAGGGAGAGAAGUGGGUACAGAUUCUGGCUUCAGAAAAUGAGCACAAGUCUCAGACGUGAGCUGUGAUAUUCAGAAUUCCGCUGCUGCACACCUUGAAAGCGCCAUUAAAAGACCUAGUUAUGGCCUGGGACCUGGGUUCAGGAAGAAACAAUUUCAAAACCAUUAGAGACAGAGCACUGAACUGAGGAGGGAAGAAAAGAAGGGGAGAAAGUAGGAGAGAGAGCAAAUUAAAAAAAAAAAAAGCUCUUCCACUUAAAAUAAAGGUACAAACCAAAAUUUUGAAACACAUUGUCUUUUGGAUUUAUUAUUGCUAAUGAGAAAUUUUCUGUCAACAAAUUGUCAUUAUUUUGUAGGUAAUCUCUGUUUUUUCUCCGGUGGCAUUUAAAAAAUUUCUCUCAUUCUUGCUGUAUGUCUUAAGCAUGGAUUUUUAUUUUUAUCUUCUGUUUGGUACCAAGAGUACACUUUGAAUUAAUAAUGUAAGUUAUUUCAGUUUUCUUAGC